GUUUACUCCAAGGCUUCGAAAAAGUUCAAAGCUUUAGAGAAAGCGAAGCUUGCGGCAGAACUUAAGGCAAAACAGGGCAAAGAUGUCUCUAAGAAGAGCACGAAGAAGAGUUCACAACGGGAUGCAUAUGAAGAGAAUCCUGAGGAUUUUAUGGACCCUGAGACUCCUGUUGGUGAGAGGAAACAACUCUCUUUACAGAUGGCUAAGCAAUACAGUCCUGCUGCCGUAGACAGAGCGUGGUACGCUUGGUGGGAGAAAGCUGGUUUCUUUACUGUGGAUGCUAAGAGUUCCAAGCCAGUGUUUGUUAUUGUUCUUCCUCCUCCAAAUGUGAAUGGACUCUUGCAUAUUGGCCAUGCCUUAACAACUGCAAUCCAGGUUUCAUUAAUACAGUUUUUUUUUGUUUUUUUUUUUGCCCUUCUUUUUUCACGUCAGAAAUGGAUGCCAAAAAGAAAAUUUUACACUUUUUUUAUUGGUCUCCGAUUUCAUAUAUGUAUAUAUAUGCUUUUUAGACAAAAUAUGCGACACCAGACGUCACCGUAAAAGAGUGAAGUUACAUUGCAAAAGUAAGAAGAAUCACUAUCAUCAUACGAUGUUUUGUGGGGACAAUGAUCUAAUAAAGAGUAUUUUAUUAGUGACAAUGAAUUUGCACUAAAGCUACUGAUAAUUGGUUCAUUUUACUAUGCCCGUAUGCCGCAUUGGCACUGAGCUCACAAGAGAGUACAUUAAGAAACUCUUCUCUUAAAUUUGUCUCAUGUAAUUAGCAUUCUGCAAUCAACUGAUAGUUCACUCAGUGUUAUCAGAACAUUUUAAACUAAGUUUCAUUACCAUGGUUUUGAUAUUUCUAUUACAGCUAUCUAUAUGGUCACGAGGAGCUUGCUAUAUGUGAAGAUAUAUAUAGAUGUGGAAUGUCUCAAUUCUCAAAGAUAUACUCUGGUUUCUAUUGAUGGUGCAUACUGGAGAUGGUGUCUUUCCUCAUAUAAAGAAAGAUGACUAUCUGAAUUUAUGUUAUUUUUUUGUUCCAUUCAGUUUUAACUACAAGCUAUGCUGGUGCAAUAGUUUUAAUGCCUAUUAAUUCUUUUGCAAAGACAGGUCAUAUGGCCGAUACCGGAUUGAUUCUGAGGCAACACCAACAAUAUUGAGUUGUCUAUCGUACAACCUCUGCUACUAGAGAUACUGAGCUUUCCUGUUUCUAAAAAAAUGGCGAAGGCUGUGAGCGGGUCAGGUGGACAGAGAUUGGGAACAAAACAUUUCAAGCUCACACGUUUCGAAGAGAAAAUAAGCUCUGGAUAGAGGCUGAAAGCGAAGAAGAAUUCCUGGAUCUACAAAUCCUACAACUUUGAAGAUUGGAUGAUCUAGAAGUUGUUGAUUCAAGACAGUGUUGUCUACAUGUUCUUGCUCUGACGAAGAGUGGAAAACAAUAAAGGAGAAUACCAUGUCUGAAAAUUGGAGAUGGAAUAAAAACUCAUUUGGUUGUUUUUGGUUUUCUUCGUUGUCCCUUUUUACUGAAAAAUCUAUUGUACAAUUUGCGAUUUCACAUUCGUUUUAUGCCAAGUGAGUGUGUAUGAAGAUUUCCUAAUAAGAAUAUCUCCCAUUUAUUAUC